UGACUUCUCUGACGUCCCACCACUGUCCCCCCACCCCCACCACUCUCCUCAUACCUUUGCUUUUCCAUAAUUAAACAUCAGUACCCACCAUCUCUCUCUCUCUCUCUUCCUCUCUCUCUCUCUGUCUCUCAUACACACACUCUCUGUCUCUUUCUCUGUCUGUCCAUUUCCUUCUUGUUUUUUUUUUUUUUUGCUUCUUUAGAUGUGUCCUCUCAUUUAGUCUCCACUAAUUGUAUGUGUUCAUGGGACGAUCAGCCAUAUAGAAAGCACAACUGAAGCAGAUGUCUGCAAAUUCGAACCAAUACAAAUCCAUAAGCUUUGCAAUUCUGCUUGAUCUUUCUGUGAAAACAUGUACAGCUGCAAAAUGGUUGUGGCUUUUACCUAUAAAGGACACCUAUAAUCUGUGCUCAUGUCUUUCUUUUUCUGUCUAAGCCUGUAAUCCGUGCCUAUGGGUCCUCUAGAUAUCUCAAAAAGCAGAGUGGUUUAACCUGGUUGUUGCAAAUCUAGGAUGUAAAGUGGCUUCUAGAGCAAACCACGCCAGCCCAACAAUGAAACCUGGCUUUGACCUCGAAGUAAAGGCCUCUUCUGAAAAUGAUUCUGAAGUUAGCAGUCAAGUAGCUUCCAACAAAUCCAUCACCUCUGCAGGUCUCUCCAAAGACAGCCUUGAUGACUCUUCCCAGCUCACAGAUCUCUUUGUUACUCGAUCCGAAUCAGACCUAGUCACCCUCGACUUAACUCUCAACUUUGUCGCUGAUGAUUUAGGGGGAAGGGAUUCAAUAGGACUCUCAUUGUCAAGCACGAGUGAGAGCAGCAACGAGCCUGCAUCCCAUGCUACAACAGCAGCCAUCCCACGAGUCUUUUCUUGCAAUUACUGUCAACGCAAGUUCUUCAGCUCGCAGGCUCUUGGUGGCCACCAAAAUGCACACAAGAGAGAAAGAACAUUGGCAAAGCGGGCCAUGAGAAUGGGCAUUUUCUCAGAGAGGUACGCCAGCCUAGCAUCUCUGCCUCUACAUGGAUCUCCAUUCAGGUCACUAGGAAUCAAGGCACACGCUUCUGCACAUCAUGGCUUUGUGCCACCAACCAGGCCUCCCGAAAUCAGAAACACCCCCAAGUUUCAACAUGGGUACUUGGGUAUGCCCAUUUUCUUGGAGGAUGAUGAGGAGUUGUUGUGGCCUGGUAGUUUUCGUCAGGCUGCUGAGGCAGGUAACCCUCAUCCAAGUUUUGUACUGACUGAAGGUCGAAAUAUAAAGUUUGUAGAGGUGAGUCCACCUGUGGACAUAGACAACUCUACACCCGACCUCACGUUGAAACUUUGAGAGGCUCGUUGCUUUCAAAUCGGGCUUCAGUAUCUCCACUUCUGUUAUAUCUCUGUACAGUGAGAUGUGCCUGGCCAAUGACUGCAAGCUUUUGUCCUUAUAGAUCUUUUCUUUCUCUGUUGGUUAUCCCAUCUUCCCUUUUGUGUUCUACUCUGUUUGUCGUUGUAUAAGAGCUUCCCCAAGGAUAAUUUGUUGCUCCUAUGCUUGUUAUGACACAUAUCAUGCUUUUGAUUUAAAUAACGUUAUUCCAGUGUUCAGGUCA